GAACUGUUGUAUUUUUUGUUUGUUUUGCUAAACUUAACUGUUACGUCCCUAUUAGUUGACAACGUGUGCGGUCGUCCAACAUGGUGGAAUAGCAACAAUGUAUCGUCAGUUGUAAAAUGCCAGCCAUUGUGGAUUUGAAUACCAUCACAGUUAGCUAGUACACACGUGUGAUAAAGAGCAGCAACCGGCGUCCUACAUAACAAUGCCACUGUUAUAAAAACCGAGCAACGCGAAAACAUACCUGUAAUAAGAUUUUCAGCAUGUCUGUGCGCUGCAACCAAAUGUUAUGGAGAACAAAUUUGGCUGUGUGGAGAGCAUGGAGGUCAUGGAAAUUAAACAUGCACUAUUCUACAGUUGGUGCAUCGUCCGGUCCUCUGGACAGACCUGAUGAAGAGGGCUCAGUUUCAACCGAAAAGCCUCCUCACACACCUGUCAUGCUCAAAGAGGUGCUUCAUUUCUUAGACAUCAAACCAGGUCAGGUGGUCCUGGACAUGACAUUUGGAGGUGGUGGUCAUACCAAAGCGAUACUGAAUAUGGUUCCUGAAGCUACAAUCCUGGCCUUAGACCGAGAUCCUACAGCAAUUUCUUUGGCCCGGCAGUUAGCCAAGGAACACCCCAAUCGUGUGAAACCAUUGCUUGGCCGAUUCAGUGAGCUUGAGGUGCUGCUGUCUGACAUGAACAUUAAGCCAAGCAGCAUUGAUGCUGUUCUGCUGGAUGCUGGAUGUUCCUCCAUGCAGAUGGAUCAGGCAGAAAGAGGCUUCUCUCUCAGUAAGGAUGGGCCCUUGGAUAUGAGAAUGGAUGGAGAGAGGUACCCCGACAUGCCCUGCGCUGCUGACGUUGUGAAUACCUUAGAUCAACAAGCUCUUGCAUCCAUCCUCACUGCAUAUGGGGAAGAAAGACACGCCAGGAAAAUAGCUUCAGCCAUUGUGGAUACACGUCGUGUCAACCCCAUCACCCGGACACAGCAGCUGGCCAGCAUAGUGGCAGGAUCGUUUCCUGCCGCUGUUGUCUAUUCACGUAGAGACAGACUCCAUCGACGUGCACAUGUGGCCACCAAGACUUUCCAAGCUCUGCGUAUCUUUGUGAAUGAUGAGCUGAAAGAGCUACACGCAGGCCUGUGUGCUGCCCAGGCAGUGCUGAGAUCUGGCGGACGUCUCUGCGUAAUCACCUUCCAUUCAUUGGAAGACCGACUGGUCAAACAUUUCCUCCAAGGCAAGGAUCUGUCUAAUCUAGAUCAGUACCACUUCAGCCCGAGGAAGCAAGGCACCAGGAAGGAAAAACUGGCAGGUGAAAAAAAUGAUGGAAGUGUUUAUUGGCUUCCUCUACAAAGAAAAGUAGUCACACCAGAAACAGAUGAUGUAAAAGAGAAUCCUCGAGGGCGUUCGGCUAAACUCAGGGCAGUUGUCAGACAAUAAAUAUGCAGGGUUACGUUUUUAUUCACUUUUUUAAAGUAAAGUUGUACUCAGAUUUUUACAGUUUCUAACUUAAGCCCACCAAAGAGGAGAUCUAGAGUUUUAUCCAGGUUGAGGUACCCCUGUCUUGCACUGAAUAAAACUGGCUGUAAUGCUGGUGGGAAGCCUGUGAGGGUUGGUGUUGAUUGGUGGCCUCGGGCAAGAGAGAAAUGACCAACCCACAGAAUAUGUCUGCUGGUCAAAGCUUAGAUUUUAUUCUUCAUUGGCAAGAAUAACUAGUGUCAUGAAUGUAGAAUAUGCCUGCUGUCCUGCCCAGGAUGACAGUGGAGUUUACAAUGAAAGACUGUUGUGUAUAAAAAAUGGGAUUUUCCAAAUUUGGAUAAAGCAGGAAACAAACGUAAGAAAUGAUAUACAGUCACAACAGUCCGCAGUUUCCUGGCUUUUGGCAUAAAUUAAUGAUCGUGAUCGUGAAUCAUGCCAUUACUUUAUCUUUCUACAGUAUGUAACAAAAUAAACUGUAUAAUCCAUGGUCUUCAUUCAGUGAAUCGACCUGGUUCAAGAGUUACCCAGGCCCUCUGUGUAACUUUUUGCUCAUAUAAUCAAGCAUUUUUUCAUAGUUUGAUACCUGAAUUCAGCUCCAUUCACUGAAUAACGAUUGUGAGAUGCAGCUCUGAGAGCUAUUAAGUGAACCUAUGAUCUUAGAUUGUUUUGCUUCAUACACUUUUCCCAAAGGUCAAGAAUGGACAGUUUAAGUUAUGAAUUAAAUAAGAACAGUACUAAUUAGAAGAAGCUGAUUUAUUAUAAUAACACAGUUUACUGAAAUAGCAGCAGGCAGCAGUCGGUCUUCCUCUCACUGCUGUAGCAGUGACAAACCUGUCCAAACCCAACUGUAAUCACUAGAUUUAAUACACAGAAUUUUAUGAAAGCUGGUUAAAGUUUAUGGUGUUGCAUUAAAAAUACAACUGUGGCAAAAGCGUUUUGCUCCCAAAUAAAAGUCCCAUCUCUGACUGUUUUUA